UUUUAUGAUUGAUAUUUCAUGCCUUCAUAAACUUUCAUAUUGUUCCAAGUUGACGUCAUGGGUUAAUGAAUCAGCCAAUGGGAAAGCGGCAGUACUUACACUGCAAGCUCAUACUUCACUUUCUGGUUUGGAGCGAAAUUCGAAACACUGUGGUUUUUCAGUUUGAGAUUUCACAAUAACUCGAUCUAUAAACUUCAGCUCAACUACGAAUUUAUUAUUUUAAGAUAUCAAUUUAAUGCGUGAAUUGGACCGCGACGCUGAUUCUGACUGAACGGUAAGGUAAUGUUUAUCAGUUAGAAUCGAGCCUUAAAGACCUCAGCAAAUCAAAACAACACCUAGAGAAGAGCAUACAAUGCUACGAGAACUUGUUUGAUGAUUUAAAAGACAAUGACCAACUCAAGGUUUCAAUUGUCGAUACGUUCAUUGAAACCUACAAGUUGCUCAGUGAGGUCUACAUCAAAACAAGACAAAGUGAAGAAGCUCUCUUAGCAUGUGAACAUGGKCGAGCACGUGCUUUGAGAGAUCUAUUGUCCCUUAAAUACAACACAACUGAGAAAGCAGAAACAAAAGCACUAGAACUUGCAGAUGUCAAGACAAUUUCCUCUCAUCGUGAAGGCUGCAUUCUUUUUUACAAUCUUCAUUUGAACAAAGUUACUUAUCAUAGCUGGGUCAUAUCAUCCCGAAAUCCAUCUACCUUCUUUUACGAUGAAAUGGACAACCUCGAUGCUUUGGCAACAAUUUUGUCGAGCCUCUCUGAUGAUGAGAGAAAACAUACCAAAGCGGGAUAUUUUCAAUAUCUCGUUGACAACUGUUUCCAGCAGCUGAAUGUUAGAGAAGGAAAAGGAAUGAAAUGCGAGGACAGAUCAAUGAACUCACUAGCGCAUGAAGACCUGGAGUGUGCAUCCUCGACAAACUCCUCGCAGUUUAGUGAAAAUGCUCUCAAAGCUUUUCAAAAGGUUGACAGAUGCAUUCCCGACGAAGAAGACGAUAAAAUGGAGCCUCUUGAUAUGCUUUUCUAUAGACUAGUUUCCCCAGUACUGGACCAGCUGACCCACGAUGAGGUGAUUAUCAUACCUGACGGUUAUCUUUUCAUGGUGCCAUUCGCUGCUCUUCAAGAUCCAAAAACCGGCAAGUUUUUAUCGGAAAUCAAACGCAUUCGACUGGCUCCUUCUCUGACGACGCUGAAAAUUCUACAAGAAUCCUCGCAUGACACGUAUUGCAGGUCAGGUGCUCUGAUCAUUGGAAAUCCCACAACUGGACAUGUCAGUCGUAAUGGUCGUACAGUGAUAUUCUCCCCGUUACCCGGUGCCGAAGAUGAAGCCAUACAGAUUAGUAAUCUUCUUGGUGUUCAGCCAUUGAUAGGUAGCCAAGCAACGAAAGAAGCAGUCCUAAGAAGACUUCAACAAGGUGUGUCAAUUAUCCAUUUUGCUGCACAUGGUAGUAAGGAAAAUGGACAGAUUGCUCUUGCUCCUUCUAAACCUACGACGUACUCGAGUCCAGCAGAGGAGAAGGACUGCAUUUUGACCAUGAAAGAAGUACAAGAGAGUGGAAUUCAUGCUCAACUGGUUGUCCUCAGCUGUUGCUACAGUGGUCGAGGAGACGUAAGGUCUGAAGGAGUUGUUGGAAUGACUCGAGCCUUUCUUGCUGCAGGAGCUUGUGCCGUUGUAGCGUCAUUGUGGGCUAUUGAUGACACAGCAGCAAAUGUCUUCAUGCUGAAAUUCUAUUCCCAUCUAAAGAAUGGAGAGAGUGCGAGUAGGAGUCUGCAGCAGGCAAUGAAGGACAUGAGAGAGAUAUACAAGGAACCAAUGUUCUGGGCUGGAUUCUUUCUGAUUGAAGACGAUAAAGCACCAGGAUGUGAUGGCAUAGUAAACUUUUGGCUAAAAUACCUGCCAGCAAUUCAUGAAGAUCUGACAUAUGCUUAUAACAGACUUAUAGAAAAUCCUGAAGAAUGUCCCAAUUGGUUAACAACUGGUAUUACGUAUCUUCUUCCAAAAAAUGAAGAAACCAUCAACCCUAAAAAUUAUCGGCCAAUCACUUGCCUCCCUACAAUGUAUAAAAUCUUAACAUCAAUAUUAACAUCUAGAACUUAUGAUCAUAUGGUGGAGAAUAACCUGAUGCCUCUAGAACAAAAAGGAUGUAGAAAAGGAAGUUAUGGGUGCAAAGAUCAGUUGCUUAUAAAUAAGGCCAUAAUGGAAGAAAUAAAAUCCAGAAAGAAAAAUCUGUCAACAGCUUGGAUUGAUUACAAAAAAGCAUUUGAUUCUGUUCCCCAUAGCUGGAUCAUGAAGUGUCUUGAAAUUUAUAAAGUCUCCCCUAUUUUGAUUAAUUUUAUCAGAAACAACAUGUCACAAUGGAAAACAACCCUAAACCUCAAUCACAGUGAGGGAGUAUUAACAUCCAGACAAAUUAAUAUAAAAAGCGGGAUUUUCCAAGGUGAUUCUCUUUCACCACUUCUCUUUUGUAUUGCUCUUACCCCAUUAUCCUCACUCUUGAAUAAAAGUAGACAUGGUUACAAGUCUGGCAACAAAGUUAUCAAUCAUUUAUUCUAUAUGGAUGAUUUAAAAACUUAUGCGAAAAAUGAUGAUGAACAAACAGGCCUACUUACUAUCGUUAAAGGCUUUAGUGAUGACAUCAAAAUGGAAUUUGGCCUUGACAAAUGUGCCAAAGCAACUUUUAAACGAGGUAAAUUGGUGAAAUCUGAAAACAUUGUGAUUGAUAUAAAUACAACCAUUCAAGAUCUUGAACAAGAAGGCACAUAUAAAUAUUUAGGAGUAAGUGAAGGUGAUGGAAUAGAACAUUCUAGCAUGAAAGAGAAAAUCAGAAAGGAAUACUAUAGACGAAUACGACUGUUGCUAAAAUCAGAACUAAAUGCCACUAACAGAAUAAAUGCAAUCAACACGCUUGCAGUCCCAGUUGUCUCGUACAGCUUCAAUAUCAUUAAUUGGAAAUUAGAAGAUUUAAGAAGACUAGAUAGAAAAACUCGAAAGCUGCUGACAACUGCAAAAAUGCACCAUCCUAAAGCCGAUGUCGAUAGGCUUUACCUUCCAAGAACAUCAGGUGGUAGAGGUCUUAUUCAAAUUGAGACAAGCUACAAGUUAACCACUAUCGGUCUUCACACGUAUUUGAACUCCAAUGAGGACUGCCUUCUUAUGAUUGCUAGAGAGCAUGAGCAAUUGAAGAACACAACAUCUGUAGAUGUUCAAGCUGCUAAGUUUAAAAGAGAAUUCGAUGUACCAGAUAUCGAAAAAUUGGACAAUGAAGGAGCUACCACCUAUGCUCGAAGAACAAAACUUAAAGCUAAAAAUCUGGCACUUGAACACUUAAAACAUAAAUGGGAAGAAAAACCUCUUCAUGGUCAGUACCCAAAACGAAUUAAUGACAAAGAUGUGGAUCAAGCACAAACGUAUGAAUGGCUUAGAACAUCUGGCCUUAAAUCUGAAACAGAAGGGUUUAUCAUUGCUGCACAAGACCAGUGUAUCAAGACCAACUACUAUAGGAAUAAGAUCUUAAAAGAUGGAACAGACCCAAUGUGUAGGAUAUGUGGCAAAAACCAAGAGACUAUAGACCAUCUUGUUUCUGGCUGCUCAGAAUUGGCCAAAACAGAGUAUAUUCAUAGGCAUAACAAAGCAGCAGCAUACCUCCAUUGGGCAAUUUGUAAGCACUAUAAUAUUGAGGUCAAAGAUAAGUAUUAUGAACAUGAACCAUCAACUGUAGAAGACAAUGAAGAAGCUACUAUACUGUGGGAUAUGCCAAUACAAACUGACAGGGAAAUAAAGGCCAAUAGACCCGAUAUAGUAGUGAAGAAUAAGAAAGAGAAAACCUGCUUGCUUAUUGAUAUGUCUAUUCCAACUGAGAGAAACACCUCCGUAAAAACAUCAGAAAAAUUAUCCAAAUACAAAGAUCUUGAAAUAGAAAUUCAAAGAAUGUGGGGUAUGAAGACCACAACAAUACCUGUGGUAAUAGGUGCUCUCGGUCUAAUCAAGAACGGGAUGGAAAAAUAUGUCAAGCAGAUCCCAGGUAACAUCAGGGUACAGGAAAUACAGAAGGUUGCUCUCCUUGGCACUGCUCAUAUAAUAAGGAGGGCACUGUCAAUCAAAUAAACCAUACACCCCCUCAUAGAUGCCCCAAGUCCAGGGUAUUGGACUCGGCAUCAUGAGUGAAUAGAGCAAAAUAAUUAAGAGAUAUAAAAUAAUAAUAAUA